AAUAGGAAAGAGAUUCUCCGUAUCAGUUUAAUCAAGACCACACAGAGAAAUAAUCUAGGAGUAGGAGCAAAUCAAAAUGGAUAGCAGCAGCAACUCCAACGAUCUGAUCGGUGCAAGAGAGCAAGAUGGGAUUGGUUAUGAUUACACCGCCAUGUUCAUAAGAAUUAUCAACAAGCAUGUUGAGGUGCUGCUUAAGCUUCUACAAGUGAAGUACUCAUCCGAUUCCCCGUUGGAUAUGAUAGACGUUAUAAUUGUGCUGAUUUUCAUUCCAAUAUCAUUGGUUUACAUGGUUGCAGCAGAGGUGAUAACCCAUGUUCCAAACACAAGCUACCGUCAUGUCAUUGGGCCCAUCCUUUAUAUUUCCGGUGUCCUAACUUGGGUCCUACUACUAUUGACACUCUUUCCAACUUUUUGGUUGUUCAUUUUACUUCCAUAUUUUGCAUUCCUAUUCACAAUAUCCAUGUGGGUAUUAUACCACUCCCGUCAACAGAUUUUUGAGUUCUUCCGUGAUGGAAUAUACGCCCGAUUACACAACUCAUCCCAAUGGGUGUUCAAUCUAUUUCAUAGCGGAGAAGCAAAUCCUCAAGCAUUUAGUGGAAACCCGACGGGUAAUGCUCCGGCAGCAGUAUGAAACAUCUGAUCAACACAAAGCAUUUCUCUAAAUUAUUAUAUAUGAAAGUGAAUCACCUCUCCUUGACUGGCCAAAAUAAUCAUCCUGAGUUCGAAUCCACUUAUCCAUUUUCAUUUCCUAAGUGAAAAAGAGGGUGAAAUAGAA